AGUAUGCCGGACCCACACAUGGGUUAUCUGAUGCAUAUAGGCUUAUCCUUUCCGAAAUGAUGACUACGUACAGUUGUGAUUUUCUGGAGGGCCUGCAAACCAAAAUUGGAAAGAUGCUGGACUUUAACGUCUCGAGGUCAUUGCGCGAAGACAAUGCCACCAAAAAUUCCAGUUGUGGAUAUGUAUCAGUUGGUUUUCCUAUAUCCAUGAUGAUCACGGGCAUAGUUGGCAACUCAUUAGCUCUUAUUCUGGUGUACAUCUCUUACAAAAAGAAGGAAAAUAAAAGGAAAAAAUCGUUCUUGCUUUGCAUCGGGUCGCUGGCGUUUACUGACCUGUUCGGACAGCUUUUGACAAGUCCCAUAGUGAUAUCAGUUUACCGAGCUGAUCUGAAAUGGGAGCGUAUAGAUUCAUCGGGCAAAUUGUGCGCUUUUUUCGGUGUGUGCAUGACAACGUUUGGCCUGUGCUCUCUCUUCUUGGCCAGCGCCAUGGCAAUUGAAAGGGCUAUGGCGAUAACAAAUCCCCACUGGUACUCCAACCACAUGAAGACAAGUGUGACAAAGCAGACUUUGGCUGUCGUAUGGUGUCUUGUUUUGCUUUUUGCGCUGCUGCCCAUUGCCGGGGUCGGGGAAUACACACGCCAGUGGCCGGGCACCUGGUGUUUUAUCAGCACGGGGGACAGGAAAGUCCCGGGCAAUAUGUUUUUUGCCAUCACUUUCGCUGUACUAGGGAUUUUCUCUCUGCUUGUUACACUUUCCUGCAAUGUAGUGACGAUCCGGGGCUUAAUAAUGCGGUGUAAAACAAAGUCUGGCACGUCUCAGUCUUCAAAGCAGUGGGAACGGCUCACCACGGAGACCGUCAUUCAGCUGUUAGGGAUUAUGUGCGUCCUCCUUAUUUGCUGGUCUCCUCUGCUGGUGCUGAUGCUGAGGAUGAUCUCCAAUCAGGUAUCCUCCCACGACUGCAAUUCAGCAGCAGUGACCUCCAAUCACACCUCUACCCGGGACGUCCAGUUAGACUGUAACUUUUUUCUAACAGCGAUCCGCUUGGCCUCCCUCAACCAGAUCCUGGACCCAUGGGUCUAUCUGCUCUUCAGGGAGAUCCUCCUCCGCAAGUUCUGCAUCAUGGCGAAUGCAGUGUCCAACUGCUCCAUAGAGGAACAGAAGGAGACCCCGACGGCAUUGGAUGCCCUUAACAAACCACAAUCUAGCUAAGUCAACCUUUGACAGGAAUUUCUAUCUUGUGGCUUUGAGGCCAGGAUAGAUUGGAUGGAUGUGAAAAUGGAUGUACGCUAUUGUCAUGGAUGUGUCAUGGGAAAUAUGGAGACAAAAAUGUUCUCCAAAUGCUCCACAGAAUGAUAUUGUGCAAUUGGAGACACAAUUUGUCUCUGUGUAAGCCAUGUCUGCUCUGGGAGCAUUUGGUUUGCUUAAAACACAUUCCAUUCAAAGUCACCUAACCAGCAUGUGGAUGCAUGACAGUGUCAUCUCUCACAUUUGGCUUCAGUGUGGUUGACAGGAACUCCCUCAAUGUUAGUUUGUUAGCCAGUUUUGAUAGCAUCUCCCAGACCAGAACUGAAGCAUCCUUUCAAUAACUUAAAGCCAUAAGCCAGCUAAAAGACACUUUUUUUAAAUUAAGAAAGAAACUGUAAGUUUGCUUAUGUGAAGUUGUAAAUAGCGUUGCCAUAUCUUACAUGAAAUGUAAUCAUGGUGAUCAUUCAAAAGAAAAAUGCAGAUCCUAAACUGAAGCCAAUUGUUGAUUGUAAGAUUAUUUAUUAGUGUUUGUGGUAAUAUGAAGUUAGUAGUUUGUUUGCUAAAUGCUGAUGAUAAUGCUACCUGCUGGGUAUCAGUUGUACAUUUUAUGAUAUACUGUGCGUGGUGCGCCUCGGCUGGCAGCCAGGACUAUAAAAUGUGAAGCUUUUAGUUUGUUGCCACUUUCCCUCCUGAAUAUGAAUGCACUGGUGUAUUGUGCAAUUAUUUUUUCAAAAAUUUUCUCUUCAGAAUAACUCUAAGGCCUGUUAUGAAUGAAGUGUGAGGGAAAGAACUGUAGAUUUGUGGUGUUCAACGUUAAGAGAUUAUGGAUGGCAUGAUGGCGUAAUAUGCUGUCAAGGUGUCAUUGAAAUAUCCCUGCCUUUUCAUCAUAUUAAAAGUAUUCUUGUUCUCUAAGUACACAUUGUGUAAUGACACAUGUAACUAAUUUCACCAACAAAAGCUUUGUAAGAGAAAACAAUUAUAAUAAUUUGUGCAGGCCUUUGACCAGUUAUGUCAAUAUAAGUAGAGAGAUACUGUAGGUAUAGCCUGGCU